CUCCCGGUUAGGGGAGACCCCAGUGUCCUGUCCCCAUCUGUGCUGCGAGCCGUCCGCAGAGUUGCCUCCUGACCUGUCUGAGCCUGCGCUACGAUGGGGGAUCCCACGCUUCCUCCACGGGAAACCCACGGCACGGCCUCGGUCAAGAACGCGGCCAACGGCUGCCACGAUGAAGAUGAACCUUUCCUCCGGCAGAAUCCACGCCGCUUCGUCAUCUUUCCAAUCCAGUACCCAGACAUCUGGAGAAUGUAUAAGCAGGCCCAGGCUUCGUUCUGGACUACAGAGGAAGUUGAUUUAUCAAAGGAUCUUGCACACUGGGAUACGUUGAAGUCGGAGGAGAAACAUUUUAUUUCCCACGUAUUGGCGUUUUUCGCCGCUAGCGACGGAAUAGUGAACGAGAAUCUGGUGCAGAGGUUCAGCCAAGAAGUGCAGAUUCCUGAAGUUCGCUGUUUUUAUGGCUUCCAGAUUCUUAUGGAAAAUAUUCACUCAGAGAUGUACAGCCUGCUGAUAGACACCUACAUUAAAGAUCCCCAGAAACGAGAUUUCUUAUUUAAUGCCAUUGAAACAAUGCCCUGCAUUAGGAAAAAAGCCGAGUGGGCCUUACGUUGGAUAUCGGAUAAUAAAGCUACUUUCGGGGAAAGAGUGGUGGCGUUUGCGGCAGUAGAAGGUAUCUUCUUCUCUGGAUCUUUUGCUGCAAUUUUCUGGUUGAAGAAAAGAGGUCUCAUGCCUGGACUUACCUUUUCCAAUGAGCUCAUAAGCAGAGAUGAAGGUCUUCAUUGUGAUUUUGCUUGUCUCAUGUUUCAACACUUGGUGAAUAAACCCACAGAAGAGACCGUCACCAAGAUCAUAGCUGAUGCAGUUGAAAUUGAACAGGAGUUUUUAACGGAUGCAUUACCUGUGAACCUAAUUGGCAUGAACUGCUCGUUGAUGAAGACGUACAUUGAAUUUGUAGCAGAUCGACUGCUAAACGAGUUGGGAUAUCCAAAGAUUUUUCAGGCGGAAAACCCCUUCGAUUUCAUGGAGAACAUUUCACUAGAAGGGAAGACCAAUUUCUUUGAGAAGAGGGUUUCUGAGUAUCAAAGAUUUGGUGUUAUGGCGCGUGAUACAAUGGACAAUGUAUUCACUCUAGAUGCCGAUUUCUGAUGGGCUUCCUAAUCUCUGGACCUUUGUAGAUCAAAGCCUCGUGGCAAGUUCGGAUGGACAGCAUGGUUUGUGAGAUGACGUGAUUUGGGCCGGGCUCUCAGUGAAACCUCAAUUUACUCGGCUUCAGGCCGGCAAAGUGUUAAACAAGGUUUAUCCUGCAAACAAAGGAAAAACACUAUAUGCUGCUACAUCUUAUCCCCGAAGUGUCCUUAUGAUAUGGGAACAUAUGCUAUGGU